AAUUUUGACGUAAAGUCACGGGAAAGAUUCUCAAAAAAGUCAUGUCUUGGCGUCAUAACCUAUAAAUAUCAAAAAUUAAGACAAAAAACUGGAGCUCUUGUCUUUAAAUGGAAGGGACAAGUCUUCUGUAAUGUAUGUGAUUGAGGGACAGUUGGUCUAGACAACUGUGAAGGGACAAAAUUGUGGAUUUGGUGGAUUCUAAAGACGACUUCCCAGCUCUGCACGAAAUACAAUCCCAGCGACAAUUGCUUGGCGAAUGUAUUAUUUUACACACUUCCUUUGAAUCAAAGAAAAAUGAAAAAUACAGAGACGCUGCCUUUUACAAAGACUCUAUUUUGAUUAUGCUGUAAAAGACAAAUUUACGCAUUCUGAUUGGCUAUACUCUGAAGUAAACGUGAGUAAUGUUCGAGAGUCGAGAAAUGUCAUAAAUAAAGAGUAUGGAGUAGACCUCUGCUCUCGACUCUCGACGAAAUUUACCCUCGAUCCCCGUUUUAUUAUUCCUUUACUCUCUGCAACGGCUACAAUUACUAAACAGCGUGAGUCAGAAAAUUUUAGUUUGAUUGGUUCUCUUCCUAAUUCAAACCAGCACUUUUCACAAUAAUUUGCACGUCUGACCUUAACAUCCAUUUAUAUCUCUUGUGCGAAUUUCAAGAAUAGAUCGAGUCGAUAAAAAGGAAAAAUAUACGACGCCUCAAGAAAUACGUCUGUACAUGUUGGUCAAUCUUAUGGAGAAUGUUUGUUAGAAAGUGAAAGCAACUUGGUCUGCCCUUGAAUGAUUUAUAAAAGUUAUGGCCGGGAAUGAAAUAGGCGGUAUUUCAUUUGGUCAACGUCGUCCUCCUCUUACUGAACUUAUUUCAAGCAUUUUGCAAAGAUAUCCUGAUGGAGGGCAAAUAUUAAAGGAGCUAAUUCAAAAUGCUGAUGAUGCUGGAGCAACAGAAGUGAAAUUUCUUUACGACAAUAAAACGUACGACAAGAAUUCACUGAUUACCCCUGAGUUGGGAAAAUUCCAAGGUCCUGCUCUCUACUGCUACAAUGAUGCAAUAUUUAAGAAAGAAGAUUGGGAAGGGAUACAGAAUCUUAUGCGGAGUAACAAAAAAGAAGAUCCUCUUAAAGUUGGACGAUUCGGAAUCGGAUUCAACUCAGUAUAUCACAUUACAGAUCUACCUGGUAUUGUUAGUGGAACUAACGUUGCCUUCUUAGAUCCUCAUGAAGUAUUUUUUGGAAGAGGUGAGUCUGGUCGUCGGUUUGAUGUACGAAAUAGAUUGCUUCAGCCAUCCUUAAAAGAUCAAUUUGCACCUUUUCAUGGGAUAUUUGGUUGUGACUUGUCAAAUUUACUUCCUUACGAAAACACACUUUUUCGUUUUCCGUUACGUACAACCACAGACUCUGAUCUUUCAAAAACAAUAUACAACGAAUCAAUGAUUGAUGAAUUAUUUGAAUCACUGCGUCAAGAAGCAUCCAUUAUAUUACUUUUUCUGAAGAAGGUUGAGAGCAUUAGUAUGUACAAGCGUAAUGAUGAUGGUAGCAUUGAUUCAAUCUUUAAAGUGACAAUAUCUGAUGAUACAAUAGGCGAAGUUCGCGCCCAACGUACAAAUUUGCUAAAAGCUGCUGUUAAUACUCAAACAACUGCCGAAUCUCAAUACGCUCUCAACAUUGUAAUAACGACUGGAGAUCAUAUUUCACAGAAGAAAUGGUUUGUGGUAAAUUGUAUUGGCUCGAAAAAUAAGCGGAUAAUUACUUUACGAUCAAAACUGUGCUUGCUGCCUUGGAUAGGGCUUGCUUUGCCUGUUGAUGAAGAAGAAAAUACUGCUGAUGGUAGAAUAUUUUGCUUCUUACCUUUACCACCAGAUGUUGAAUGCAGAACCGGUCUUCCAGUUCAUAUUCAUGGCUACUUUGGCUUAACAGACAAUAGACGAGGGCUAACUUGGUCUGGUAGGGAAUGCCAAAAUAAUGAAACGGCCGAAUGGAAUGAAUUGCUGCUUAAAAAAGUUGCCAGCUCUGUUUAUUGCAAGAUGUUAAAAGCGCUAACUGCCAAACAACCAUUUAUUUGUCUUAGUGAGAUCAAGAAAAGUGAACUUUUAUAUGCAACAAUGCCCGUUGCAGAAAGGGUAAUAGGACACUGGAAGUGUAUGCUGGACCCAAUUUUACAGCAAUUGCCAAAUUUACGCGUGUUUUUUGCAAUUAAAAAUUCUAGAAAUAGUUGGAUUUCUUUAGAAAAUGGUGUUCUUGAUCGUCUCCUUCUAUCUGGGAUUUCGUCUGAGACGCGUGCUGUGAUCCUAAAAGUUCUUGCCCAACAGUACGAUGUUGUCACAAAUCUUCCUGAUCAUGUCCUCGAUAUAAUUCGUUGUAACUUCAAAAAUGUUACAGAGAUAACACCAGCGCUCAUUAGGCGUGUUUUGAAGGAACAGGGAGCCUUAAUGGUAGAAACUUCCCGUGUCGAUAAAAUAAUUCUUCUUUCGUAUGUUUUGCUUGACGGUAAAUUGAAGGAUAUUUCGGGUGUACCUCUUUUGCCUUUGGCUGACAAGACAUUUUCCACUUUUUGUCAACACAAACAUUCAUCGAAUCCCAAAGGCUCUGUAUUCGUUCCAAAGGGAAUGUGCACUAUAGAUUUACUCCCCAACAUGAGCAAUCGCUUUCUCGAUACCAGUCUACCAGAGGAUGUUUUAAAAGGGCUAACUGAAGCAGCCAAAAAGCCUAAUAAACCAAAGGUCAAAAGUCCCACUCAGCUGGUUCAAUUAACUAAUGAUAUCGUUUUACAGAGCAUUCGGGAUAGCUUACCCAAAAAGUGGCUUGGAGGUAAACGUGAUAAAGUUUCGUGGCACCCUGGAUCGCAAGAUCACCCCCCUCGAAGCUGGCUUGAAGCCAUGUGGAAUUGGAUAAAUAAAUCCUUUUCAUCGUUGAACAAAUUUGAAGAUCUACCUUUGUUACCAAUUGGCAAAGAGCUUGGUAUUUUAUCAAGAAAUUCCAAGUUCAUAUUUCGUCUACGCGGUACUUCUGCUGCUCUCCCUUCUCAUGUUCAAAGCUUGAUUAUAGAUUGUGGUUGCACAGUUUUUGAAAGCUUGCCUUCUUUUAUUCAGAUGCGUGAAGAUAUCGAAACAUACGUGGCUCCACCCACUCCUUACGGUAUUUUGCGUGUACUUGGGCAAGUUUCUUUAAGUGUUGUUGUCUCUGCUUUUAAAAAGAUUAUAACACCCGAAAACUGCGUGGUUUUUCAAGAAUUCUUUUCAAAUUUAACGAAUCCAAUUUCAAGUAGUAAUUUGAGGUUACUACAACAGUUACCACUAUUUGAAACUCUUCAUGGUACAGCUACUAACGUGGAAAACAACGAAGCUGUAUCCUAUUGGACAACGCUAAAGUUACCAUCCGAUUUUCAACUAUCACAAGAUCUUGCCAUUAUUCAAUCGUCCAAUUUGUUUGUUCAGAAGCUUUUGGAGUUACUUGAUGUUCGAAUUCUGUCCAUGGCGGACAUGUUAAUAAAGUAUAUCUUUCCUGAUGUAAAAGGAAACCUUUAUGGCAAUGAGCAGGUUACUAUACUCAUGAAAUGGGUUUUUGAUAGAUUUGAGUUUUUACAUUCUCAAAAUGUUACGUUUUGUAGCGAGCUUCAAAAUCUGAAUUUUGUGUGUACCAGUAAUGGUUUGAGAAAACAACCUUCUGAACUUUUUGAUCCUCAAGAUCCAAUCCUCUGUGAUGUACUGGACGGAGUCGAUGAUGUAUUCCCUUCUGAAUAUUUUUCCACCUCGCAGGUCAUUUUAAAGCUACAUUCGUUGGGUCUUAAAACAAGAACAACCAUUACGUCGAGUGAUAUUCUUGAAUUUGCCAAAAUUAUUGAAAGAUGUGGCCAGUCCUCUCCUUUAGUCAAUAAAAAAGCGCGUGCUUUGAUGAAGAUUUUGAAUGAAAAGUGUUUAGAUGAUAGUUUUUCCUCGUUAAAAAAUGAUCUUAAUGAAGUAAGAUGGAUUCCAUGCUCAACAUCUCGCCCAAGUAAUUAUCCCGAUUUUGUGCAAUGGUACAACACGUCAGAUUUAUUACUUCCUUCUGAAGUUCGAAGUGUAACUAAAGCACUCCUCGUCGGUUCUUCAAUGCCACUAGUUGCGUUAGAUAUAGAUUGUUCGGUGGAAGAGGAGUUGGGCUUCAAUAAAAAUCCACCUUUGGUAAAUGUAAUAAAGCAACUCAAAAAUGCCAUCGAGAGUUGGGAAAAUGGCGAAGAGCCUGUAAUAUCAUCUGAAACAACUAAAUUCGAACAAAUGAUAGUUGGAAUUUAUCAUCAUCUUCUCACUUUAGAGUUUGAGAAUAUUUCUUCUGAACUUGAAGAAGCUGGUCUAAAAAAGUGGAUAUGGCACGGAAAUGGUUUUUGUGCACCUGAAAAAAUUGCUUUAAAAUCAGAUUUCAAUAUUGAUCUUAGUCCACAAUUAUUUCUUUGUCCAAAGAAGUUGAAUAAGAAACUUAAAAAACUCUUCCUGCGACAUGGUGUACGGGAAAAAUUUUCAGAUGAAGAUAUUCUUGGAGUUUUGGAGUGUAUUAGGAUGAAACACAACGAACGUAGACAUUCAUUACAUGAAGUAACUCAUGAUUUGACCAUUUGCAAUGCUAUCCUACACUGGGUCGUUAAAAGUGGCAACGUUCUUGAUCACUCUUUACAAGAAAAAGUUCUUGUUCCUGUCCAGAGUAAGCACGAUGUAUUGCUUCUUGCUGCUUGCAAGUCCUGCACUUACUGUGACAGGAAUUGGUUGCGUAAAGGUGGAUCCGAAUUACAAAUUCCUGGAAAUUACCAAGUUAUUCAUAGUUCAGUUUCUGAUAACGUUGCUAGACUGUUAGGAGUUCCAGCGCUUAGCACGUGUCUUUUAUCAGCAGAGACUCUUGGAUUUGAGCAAACUGGACCUUACGAAUCAAUAACUAAUCGAAUAAAGACUGUUCUCCAAGAAUACACAGAAGGAGGAAUCUUCAAAGAAUUAAUCCAAAAUGCUGACGAUGCUCAUGCAAAUGAAGUUCGGUUUCUGGUUGACUGGAGACACGGUCCUAAGGAAAAGCUCCUGUCACCUGAUAUGGCUGCCUGUCAAGGACCAGCUUUGUGGGCAUAUAACGAUGCUAAAUUUUCAGAUCGAGAUUUUGAAAAUAUCAACAAGUUAGCAGGAGCGACAAAAGUUGACGAAGUUGGAAAGAUAGGGCGUUUUGGUCUUGGCUUCAACGCUGUUUAUCAUCUCACAGAUGUCCCAAGUUUUGUCAGUCGUGAAUAUUUUGUCCUGUUUGAUCCAAAUACCAAUCACAUCGGCAAUCAUAUUCCAAACAAGUCACGUCCUGGCAUUCGCAUCAAUCUCGCUAAAAAUCCGCAUCCAUUAUCAGCAUUCGAAGAUCAGUUUCAACCAUACAAUGAUGUUUUUGGUUGCAAGACCAAUUUAAAUGCGGAUGCAGAAUUUGAUUUUAAAGGAACAUUGUUUCGUUUUCCAUUCCGCACUUCAGUUGAAUCCAGCAAAAGUGAUAUUUGUCAAAGUAUUUACAACCGACAGAAAGUGGUCGAAAUUAUUGGCACUUUUAAAGAAUGUGCAUCAUCUCUGUUGCUUUUUACUCAACACGUCCGUGAUGUCCAGCUCUUUGAGGUAGAAGAUGGGUCACAGCCCAAUGAAAUGAAAUUGCUCUUAUCUGUUUCAAAACAUACUCAAGAAAUGCUUUCAAGUGGUAGUUCUCUGUCGUUUAUUGAAGAAUGUUCAACGUGGUGGAAAAGCAAGUUGAAUCAUUCCAGUAUGACCAUGCCUUCUCGAUGCGAGUCUAUUGAAAUAUUGACAAAAGUAAUGAAGUCUGAACUUAUGUGCAGUAAAGGAGAUGAUAAAAGUCAUGAAAGAUGGUUGAUCGUUUCUUCUGGAGGUUGCGGAAAAUCAGUGGAAUUAGCUUCUGGUGAAGGUGAACAUCGUGGUCUUUUACCUUGUGGUGGAGUGGCAACACGUCUCAGCUGUCCACCUCACGAUUCUGUGCAAAAGUCACGGGUUCAGGUUGAGACUGUUAGUGGUGAGGCAUUUUGCUUUCUUCCGUUGUCCAUUGCUACAGGGCUCCCUGUUCACGUCAAUGGCUACUUUGCUGUGACAUCAAAUCGCCGUGGAAUAUGGGAAAGAACAACGUCUCAGCAAAAUCAAGUGCUUGAAGUCCGAUGGAAUGAGUCUCUCCUGGAAGAUACAUUAACGAAUGCGUACAUUCAGCUGUUAAAUUAUAUGAAGACUCUUCAAACACUUGAUUAUCCCUUCUAUAUGUUAUGGCCUGUAUAUUCCGAUCUCCACUCUGCUACGUGGAGUCGUUUGGUGGAAAGUGUGUAUAAAAGAAUAGUGUCUCGUGAUUUGUCGUUAUUUCGCAGUAAUGAUAAAUGGAUGACUAUCAAUGAAGGUUACAUCUUAGAUACUGAACUGAGGAAAGUACCGGGAGUACAUGAUACAAUGGAAAAGCUGCAGAAAAAUGUGUUUGAUAUUCCUAUUCACAUUGUCUCUACAAUGGUGAAAGCAGGUCAAAAGGAAGCUGUUCAUUGCAGUACCAUAGGCUUUAAAACUUUUCUCGUGGAGAUCUUCCUGCCACAAGUUCAAAAAAUACCAUGCAGUACUCGUGAUCAAAUAAUUUGCUAUACACUGGAUUGUAUUGUCAGUGGUAGAACCGAGUUCUCAGACUUUCUUAAUAAUAAGGCGUGUAUCACAUGCUCUCGUGAUGGAAAAUUCUUAGCACUUCCAUCACAACUAAUAAAUCCAAAUGGAGUUGCUGCUAGCUUGUUUACAGAAGAAGAUCAUCGAUUUCCUGUGGGAGAAUGCUUCACAAAAAAUAGCCGAAUGAUUGCUUUAGAAAAACUUGGAAUGAAACAUGAUACAAUACCCUGGUCUGAUAUUUGUGAACGAGCAAAAACAGUUAAAACUCUUGCAUUGACUAGUAGAGUUAAGGCUAUUGAGCGAGUAAGACGUUUAGUAAAAUUUCUUAAAGAUAAUUACGAAAAAUUUUCUGAACCGUCUCAGGACUACAAAACACAGCUUCGCCAUACACAGUUCUUACCUUUCAUUUCAAAAUGCCCAAAUGACUAUGAACUUCCGUGGGAAGGUUCAAAGUUUAAUAAGGAGGAAUUUUUUGCCCCUGUAAACCUUUUUGUACUCGCGGAAAAAUAUUUAGUUGGUUCUAGCAGCAUUAUUGUCGAUGAAUCAGAUGAAACUGGUUGCGGAAAACUUGGUCACUCACUCAAGAUUUUACUUGGACUUACUAACCGCACUCCAUCAAUAACAGAAGUUUUUCGACAACUUGAUUGUGCAAUUGAAUCCAGCCAAAAUUCUCCCGGCAAACGGAAGGCUAUUGACAACGUAUGUAGAAAUGUCUAUAAAUUCUUUAAUAACAUCAUCUCCAAACCUCACAAUUUAUCGAAUACUGAAGCGAAAAAUGUACUUCAAGAACUUAAUAAAAGAGAGUGGUUAUUCAUCGAAGGAAAAUUUGUACCUACUGAAAAAGUGGCGAUGGACUGGAGUGGAAACGGUGUUCCUUAUCUUUAUUGCUUACCAUCAGACUAUCGAGAAAACUACGGAGAGCUUGCUGAAAAGGCUGGUAUUAAGACGAAAUUUUCUCAUAAGGAUUUCAUCAAUGCAUUAAGAGAAUUGAAAGCACAAAAACAUGUUUCCCCAUUAAAUCCAAACGAAAUCAAACUUACUCUGUGUUUUGCAUCAGCUCUAAGAAGCUGCAAAAUUGAUUACUCCGAGCUUGGUCAAAUUCCUUUACCAGACAGCAAUAAUGUGUUAUGUGUUAGUGAAGAGCUGACAAUAAAUCUCUCAUUCUGGCUUAAAGACCGUGGCGACGCUCGUUACGUUCACGAAGAUGUUCCCACUCGACUAGCUCUCGAUCUGGGUGCAAAGUCGCUCCAAAAUCGUCGACUAAAGAAGUACUCCAGAACUAUCGGGUUUUCAUUUGGCCAACAUGAAAAGUUAACUGACCGUCUGAAGAACAUUAUGAAGUCGUACCCUUGCGAUUCGGGAAUCUUAAAGGAGCUUGUACAAAACGCUGAUGACGCUGGAGCAUCUGAAAUUCAUUUCAUUCAUGACACAAGGAAGCUUCCCCACGAAAAAGUAUUUACGAAUCAUCCUGAAGAGAUACAAGGGCCUGCACUUUGUGUUUUUAACAAUAAGACGUUUACUGAAGAAGAUCUUGAAGGAAUUCAGAAACUAGGAAUUGGCAGCAAGACUGAUGAUCCAGAGAAAACUGGGCAAUAUGGAAUUGGAUUCAAUGCUGUCUACCAUUUAACUGACUGCCCAAGUUUUUUGUCCAAUAAUGAAACACUUUGCUUUCUUGAUCCACACUGCAGAUAUGCGCCAGAAGCAACAGAAGAUUCACCGGGUGAACGAUUUGAUAAUAUUGACAAUGAUUUCAAAGAAGACUUCAGCGAUAUUUUCCUUGGUUACCUUGGUGAGCAUUUCAGUUUGAAUGGAGGUACAAUGUUUCGUCUUCCUCUUCGAACAUCGUUAUCUUCAUUUGAAUCUCUGAUAUCAAGGAAUGUUUUUGGAACGUACACAUUCAAAAAACUAUUUGAUAAGUUUGCGAUUGAAUCGAAGAAAAUGUUGCUUUUUCUCAACAACAUUACAAAAAUUUCUCUAUCCGAAAUCGACAAAGAUGGGAAACUGAAAUUAAUUUAUAACGUGACAGCUGAUGUGGAGCAAGACACCGAGAAAAAACGAAAAAAUUUUACCGACGUUAUGAAAGAAAGCAAAAAUCUUUCCACCUGUGAUGUUCCUCGGCAUGGAGUAACUUAUCCACUUGUAGUCUCAGAUUCUAAGAAUAUUCAGGAAAAAUGGCUCAUUCAUCAAUGUUUUGGUGUUUCAGACCAGACUCAAACAGAAUCUCAGCCAAAUGGACGUGAAUACGGCCUUUUUCCUCGAGGGGGGAUUGCUGCACUUCUAUCAAAUACUCCCAAAGAAACAUCUGAAUAUGUUGCAUAUUGCUUCUUGCCAUUACCUGUGCAAACUGGCUUACCUGUUCAUGUCAAUGGACACUUUGCGCUUGAUUCUUCACGGAGAAAUCUUUGGAACGAUGUAAAUGAAAACAGUCCGCUGAAAAAAUGGAAUGACUUUAUAAAAAGAGAUGUUCUUGCUCCUGGAUAUGCUACAUUGAUUUACGAAGCACGAAAAUACAUACCAUUUACUGAUGAAGGUGUGGCUACCAACUGCUUAAAAUUUUCGUUUGCAAGUGAAAGGGAUGCAUCAAAUGGACUUUUCUGGUACUAUGGUCUUUUCCCUUCUUUUAAAGAUUCUUUCUGGGAUAUUUUAACUCGUGAAGUCUAUCGCUACUUAUAUUUGAAAGAAAUGGAAGUUCUACCCGUCAUUAUUUCAGAUGACAAAGCUCAAACUUCAGAAGCAUCUGCACAAUUAAACCAAACGCCACAUGCGGAGUCUAAACCUCAAAUAAUUCGCUCAUGGCGUGUUGUUAAUGAUGCGUAUUUUUAUGACUACAAAAAUCAAACAAAAGUUGACGAAAAGAAAUUGUUCAAGAUUUUGCUUCGUAUGCAUCUCCCUCUUUUGCUUUUCACACAACCUAUAGUGCUAGAUUCCUUUCAAAAGAGUGAAAUAGAAUGCAAAGUGUUGACACCAGCAAAUGUUAUUGAAUUUAUUCGAACCUUUGCUGAUCCAAAAUCACAAUGUGUUAUUGGAGACCUUCCUGCAAAUGUGUCGGAAACUACGAUGAACAGCAUUGUUGACUUGAAGAUGCUUUUAGAAUACUGUAAGAUGGAGGAGAAAUUUCCCGAGAUCAUGCAAGGCUUGCCUCUUUUAGUUACAGCAGAUGCCAGCUUGCGUGUAUUUGAUGUCAAUAAUCCAGUUUAUCGUUCAAAGUUUAGCGAUCUAUUUCCUCUAAAUGCAGAUUUGUUUGUUCAUCAAGAUUUAGUGAGCUACAUUCCUAACAUUGAAUGCCUUCCAGAAGAUCGAGUAAUGAUGCCGUUAACUGUCGAAUCUGUGAACAAACAUCUUCCUUUGAUUUUUCCUGAACACAUGAGAGGCAAAUCAGAGCAUAUUUCUUUCAAAUACCCGGAGAACGGUGCAUUAUCAAGAAAAUGGUUUCAGCGACUGUGGCUUUUCUUGCAAAAAUACACAUCACCCGGUGCUUCGCUUUCAGUUCUUGGUAGUUGGCCUAUAAUUCCUACAGUAAACGAAAAAUUAGUUACCAUUCAUAAUGGGAAAACCGUACUUGAUACUACACCACGUCGCAAUGAAACUGCCCAGGCAAAACAUGUUCGGGAUAUUUUGGAGAAGUUGGAUUGCCCAAGAUUGAACACAGAAAUAACCAUGAACAAAAACCUAGCUCCACCUUCCCAAGACAUUUUCUCUACUGUUUCUAACUUUUUUGAGAGGUUUGGCUUAUCUUCAAACGCAACAAAGGAUGGAGAGCGUGUUACAGAUCAAUAUGUUUCGCAGCCUCAUAAUGUUGGUGAUGUUCUUCAAGUACUUGAUUUUAUGAGAAUGAAAGAAGAGUUAGAUAUCUCCAUACUGACCAAAGAAGAUUUAAGAACGAUUCUCAGUUUUGCUCAAAAUGACUUGGAGAAUUUGGAGUGUAAACAUGCUGUUAUUUUAAAACGUCUACCGAUUCAUUUAGGAAUUGAUGGGUCUUACUUCAGUUUAUCUCAAUAUGCACAUUCCUGUGUGAUCCCACAAGGUGUUCCAACUGAAGAAAUCGCAAGACUACAACGACACACAGAUUGUAUUUUUCUUGACGCAAUGUCGUCUACUCUACUUCCUGAACUCUACAAUUGGCUUAAAGUUGGUGUGGAAAUAAGUUUAGUCGAUUUUUAUAAGAAUCACAUCAUUCCCAAUUUUGCCAUUUUUAGUAGAGAAAGUCAAGAAUCAUACUUAAAGCACAUUAAGAAUGAUGUUUUGCUUUCCUGUAACUUAGGGAACAAAAAAAUUUUUACUGAUGUCAUGACUGAAAGUUUACUGAUCCCAGGAGACGACAACCAACUCCACUACGCUCGAACGUUUUAUGACCCAAGAAAUAAAGUUUUCAAAGCAAUGCUAAACGAGGACUCUAUCUAUUUUCCUCCCAAACUUUUUCAUACUGAUGACUGGCUCGACUUCCUGUGUGAAAUUGGUAUGAAAACGAAAGUUGAAGAAAAUCAAUUCUUAGAAUUUUGUAACCAAGUUGCUGCCUGUGCUUCUUACGAUCGUGAAGUCAGUGAAAAAAAAUCAAAGAACCUUCUUUCUUACUUUUUUGAAAAUGAUCAUCUCCGUGGUAAAGCCUUUAUGUCUUCACUCUCAAGUAUACGAUUCAUUCCAUCUGAGAAAGUAGAAAUGAGUUAUCUAUCAUUACACAAACAAUAUGAGUGUACUUCUGCAGACUGCCAACCACCCUUUGUUAAAUUUUUUGAUGCAGUGCCUUGGGAAUACCGUGCUCUUACGUGGACCAGCGCUCAACUUCUCCCGGUGGAAUGUAUCCUCAAGAAAGAGUUGCUUUGUUAUUUGGGAAGCCAAGAAAUACCAUCUGUCAAGACAAUCGCUAGUCAUCUUCAAAAUCUUUCUUCCAUCCUCACUGAAAUAAGUUCUAGGAACGAAGUUCUCCCUCAACCUGCCUUCCUCAUGAGGAUUAUGGAUUCUAUUUACAAAGCAUUAUCAGAAAGAUUAGUAUGUCGUGAUGAAAAAGAUAUCUCAGAGAGAUGCAGUGCAGAGUGUAAAAGCAUCGGUUUAAGAAUGAAAAAUGUUCCAUGUAUUUUGGUAGAAUUUGGUAAAGCAAUAAUAUCCGCCGAUAAACUUUCUUUUGAAAAUCAAUCUGAAUCUGUCUUUGCACCAUUUUUGUAUACACUUCCCAGAAAAUAUGGUAGUUAUGAACAUUUAAUGAAGAGACUUGGUGUCACGGAAAGGUUUACCUCGCUGCAAUUUGCCAUUGUCUUAUUUGCAUUACGUGAGAAGUGCCAAAAUAAAGUAGUAAAUCCCGAUCUUUUUGAAAAGGCUAAAGGCGCUGUGAAAUUUUUGUUUCAAAGUUUGCUUGUCGAAAGAAGUGCUGGCAAAGAAUCAAGCAUACACGGCUUAAAGGAGUUGUUUCUUCCCAGUGAAAGAAUGAUAAUGGUGAAAUCCAGUGAUUUAAUCUUCCAAAUAUCAACAAGACAUCAACGUGCUCUGCAAUCUCACGGAGAUAUGAACGUUAUGUUUCCGUUAGAGAAAUGCGGUCUUCUUAGAGAAAAGGAUAUGGAGUACUUUAAAUCCCUACCACAACAUUUGAGGCCCAAGUUAUCAAAAGAUGUAUUUAAGGAAGUCCUGGAUCCAAAGAGCAAAAAUGAUGUUUGUACUACCUGCAUUCGCUAUAGUCCAUGUGAAUUCAUAAAAAGAUACUUGCUUCUAAUAAAAUCCCGUGAAUUUCAUUCCUGUCUUAUUCGUUUGUUGAAGCACCAAAACAAUAGUUCACAACUUAAUGAGAAUGAUCAAAGUAGAUUGUCUAUCUUCGAAAAUGAUCAGCUUAAAAUCAUUUGUAUGCGAAACAUCCUCACUCGUCUGGUCGACGCCUCUACUGAAUCUCCAUUGUCAACAAACGCCAUGCCAAUUGACUGCUAUGCAGAAAGACAAGACAAUACGUGGCAUCUUUACAUACAGCGUAUGACUAGUGAAACCUUGACUCCUGCCUUGGCAAUUUGCAUUAAAAAGAUUAGCGGCUGGAUUUUUAAUGCGACCAGUGAAGCCUCCAUUUUAAGCAUGCUGCUUUGCAAUGAUCCAUCACAGUUGUCAAAUAUUUUGGAUAAACUAGAUAUCAAAGAGGAUUUUGCUCAAGAGAAAUAUAAAAUUGGCGAUUUCGUUCCGUUAGUGUUUCAUUACCUGCUUCAACAGAAUCCGUUGUUUAUUUUUCAUGAAGGCGAAAUUGUGGCCUAUUGUGUUGAGGAUCAAGAAGAACGUGAUCACGAUAUAACAGAAAACAACGAAAUGCAAUAUGUGCUUGCAAAAAUAAUAUCUUGUAUAAAUCCUUCUGAGAGUGCAACCUCAUCCGAUUUCACUGAAGAAUACCUAAUUGAUCUUGGAAAGGCACAGAAGAAAGUAAGCGUUCUAGAUUUAUAUAAGUUUGUUCAAAACCAGAAAGAAGCUAAUGAAAUAACUGAUUUGGUCGAAUUUACUGGUGAUCCAAAAUCUAUACCAACUAGUCUUGAUGAAGGCAAAAAGAAAAUCCGAGAAGCUCUUAUCAAGGCUUGGAGAUUGCCAGAAAAACUUCGGCGAAAAGCUAUCAAACGAUUGUAUCUUCAGUAUCAUCCAGAUAAAAAUCCAAAUAAUGUUGAAUUUGCGAAUGAAUUAUUCAAGUUUUUGAUAUGUGAAAUGAAACAAAUGGAAAAAGAACAGUCCGAUAUUGAUAUUAAUUUAACCACAUUAUUUACUAACUUGAAUCGUCAGGCAAGAAAACAAAGAGACACCUACAACAACUAUCGAAGUAGCUGUAAAGGUGGCAUGUCAGGAUUUUCUACAACAUCGCAAUCUUAUACUUGUCCCAAUACAUUUGAAGCAAAACGCUGGUUAAAACAAGCCCAACACGAUUUCGAAGUUGCUAGGGUGUUGUCAACCUCACUACCAUCUUAUGAUGCUUGGGCAUGUUUUCUUAGUCAGCAAGUUGUAGAGAAAACUUUAAAGGCAGCGUUAUACGCUAAGUGUGGUCUUUCCAACGAACAGCUGCAUACUCACGAUAUUUACUCCUUAGCACAUCACGUAUGCUGUCUUCGUGGCUUCUCUUGUGAAAUCCAAGAUAUGACCUUUGUCGUUGGUGAUUAUUAUCUGAGCACUCGUUAUCCAAACCAACAACCUGGUGGCACUAUUCCAGCCGAUGCCUUCAGUCCCGACGAGUGUCAACAAGCAUUGAAUGCUGCUGGAAGAAUUGUUGAAAUCGUCAAGAACUUAAUUGAUCUUUAAACUUUUCUUAUACUAACACUAUGGUUAUGGUUUUUUUCAUCAAAAACAUUGUAUAAGACAGUGCUAGCUAAUUGAAAUAUUUAAAAAAAUUAUAAUUGUUGAUU